AACCCCAUGUCGUGGAGCCAAUAAAGAAACUGCAGAGCCGGUACAUUGAAAGGUCUUGUGCCAGUUUUGAAGAUGCGAUUUAGUUUUUUUUUUAUAUGAGUUAUGUUGGCACACAUAUAAAGCAACACAGCAGGCCGUUGUUUAGUCACAGUGUAAAGGAACUGGAUUAUGUAAAACUUCUUCUCUCCGGUCCUCCAUUAAAAAAACCAGGUGGCAGAUUUAGCGGUAGAGCUGGCCGGGGCAGAGGCAGAGGCAGAGGCAGAGGUGGGGAAGGUGGCAGUAGCAGAGGGAGGCCUAAAACAGACUGGAGACAGGCCAAGGCCCAGACCUGAAGAGAACAGCAGGCCUCAGCCAAAAACUGAACUUCCACGAAUGCCAAUGCAGACAAUACACAUGACCUCUGAGAAUCAGGCAAGCUUUAAAUAACUUUUGCAGGAACUGCAGACUCAAGACUUUAAAGAACCUGACAAAAACUGUGAAGAGUACUGCAGUUCUGAACCCGAAGAAGUAUAAUGAGCUUGAUUACCGUGAUGAUGGUCAGUUCUGGUGUACUAACGAUGACCCGGUGGAAGUCUCUGAUAGUGCAGUGUUUGAGCCUGAUUCAGAGGAGCAACGAGAGGUUUGCGAGAUCCCCAUCUCACAUUUUGCCAUUGGAAAGCUUAACAGUGAAGAAAGCAGUGGAGUCUGGAGAAGAGGAGGAUGACUUGGAGGAUCCCCCAGCAGUCCCUGUGGAGAACGAGAGCUAUGUGAACUUCAAGAAAAAGUUCACCAAGAAGUACGAAUGGAAAGCAGAGAGUGUGCAGCAGGAAAACGCAAAGCUUUGUAGGCAGUUCAGGAACAAGCAUACUUCCUCCAGGCGCUUUCUGUCGAUGUUGCAGGAAAGACAGAAUCUCCCUGCAUGGCAAGAAGAAAAAAACAUCUUAGAAAUGCUGAGUCGAAGCCAGGUGUUGGUCGUGAGUGGAAUGACUGGGUGUGGUAAAACCACUCAGAUCCCACUGUUCAUCUUGGAUGACACCCUGAAGGGGCCUGCUGGCAAGGUGGCGAACAUCAUCUAUACUCAUCCACGCAGGAUCUCUGCCAUGUCUGUAGCUGAACGAGUGGCUCAGGAGAGAGCAGAUCGACUGGGGACCACCGUGGGGUAUCAGAUCAGACUUGAGAGUGUGAAGUCUUCUGUCACCAGGUUGCUGUACUGCACUGCUGGAGUGUUGCUGAGGAGACUAGAGGGAGACACAGACCUGAAAGGUGUUACUCAUGUUAUUGUGGAAGAGGUCCACGAAAGAACAGAAGAAAGUGAUUUCCUAUUGUUGGUCCUGAAAGAUAUAAUGAUCCAGAGGCCUGACCUACGCAUUAUACUCAUGAGUGCCACACUUAAUCCUGAACUCUUUUCUCAAUACUUUUAUACCUGCCCCAUUAUUAACAUACCAGGUCGUACAUUCCCAGUUGAUCCAUUUUUCCUGGAAGACGCCAUUGAAAAAACCAGAUAUGUUAUAGAAGAUGGAAGCCUGUAUAUGCGCUCUGGAAAGCAAGGCAACCAGUCAAGCAAAGGGGAGAGUAACCAGAAUGCUGUGGAGCAAUUGGAGGAUGACAUGUGGUCAUUCAUGCACUUUCAGAAAGAUGACUUUGUCAAAGACUCGAUUCCAGAUCAACAGCUAACACUCCAACAAAUGACAGUACUCUAUAAAGGGGUAAGCAAGUCUGUUCUUAAGACAAUGACAGCCAUGGAUCUUGAGAAAAUCAACAUGGAUCUGGUGGAGAAUCUGCUGGAGUGGAUAGUUGAUAGGGAUCACAACUAUCCACCAGGUGCUGUUCUGGUAUUUAUGCCUGGUUUAGCAGAAAUCAAGAUGCUGUAUGAACAACUACAGUCCAAUCGUCUGUUUAAUGGCAGGCGUAAUACAAGGUGUGCCAUUUACCCACUGCACUCGUCGCUGUCCAGCGAGGAACAACAAGCUGUGUUCAAUCGGCCACCAGAGGGCGUGACAAAAAUCAUCAUUUCCACAAACAUCGCUGAAACUUCAGUCACCAUUGAUGACGUGGUGUAUGUCAUUGAUUCAGGGAAGAUGAAAGAAGAGAGGUACGACGCCAGCAAGAGCAUGGAGAGCUUGGAAGACUCUUGGGUGUCACGAGCCAAUGCUUUACAGAGGAGAGGGAGAGCUGGGCGAGUUGCCUUUGGAAUCUGCUUUCAUCUCUUCACCAGUUACUGUUUCCGUCACCAGCUCACAGAGCAGCAGCUGCCUCAGAUUCAAAGGGUGCCAUUAGAACAGCUGUGCCUCAGGAUCAAAAUUUUAGAAAUGUUUGCCAACCAAACUUUAGAGUCAGUUUUCUCCAAUCUGAUCGAGCCUCCAGCAGCUAACAUUGUGAAAGCUGCCAAACAGAGACUGCAAGACCUGGGAGCCCUGACGCCAGACGAGAAGCUGACUCCUCUGGGCUAUCACCUGGCCUCGCUGCCUGUGGACGUUUGGAUUGGGAAACUGAUGCUGUUUGGUGCCACCUUCCGCUGCCUGGACCCUGCUUUGACCAUUGCAGCCAGCUUAGCCUUCAAAUCGCCAUUCGUCUCUCCAUGGGAUCGAGAGGAGGCCAAUAUCAAAAAGCUAGAGUUUGCCUUAGGCAACAGUGACCAUCUGGCUGUCUUGCAGGCGUACAAGGCAUGGAAAUCUGCUGCUAAGCAGGGUGCCCAAGCAGGUUUCAGAUACUGCAGGGAACAUUUCUUAUCUGGAUGAGUUCUACAGGAAAUUGCCAGUCUAAAAAGACAGUUUGCAGAGCUGCUAUCUGAUAUUGGGUUUGUGAAAGAGGGGCUUAAAGCCAGAGUCAUUGAAAGGAUGAGUAGCAAAGGAGAAGAUGGCAUAUUGGAAGCUAUGGGUCACGAAGCUAACUCUAAUGCGGACAACAUCAAGCUCAUGUGAGCCAUGCUUUGUGCUGCCCUCUACCCAAAUGUGGUUCAGGUAAGGGCUCCGCAAGGUAAAUACCAGCUAACCAGCAAAGGUGCAGUGAAAAUGCAACCCAAAGCAGACGAACUGAGAUUCAUGACGAAGAACGACGGCAAUGUUCAUGUUCACCCCUCCUCUGUGAACUAUCCGGACAGACACUUUGACAGCCCUUACCUGGUGUACCAUGAGAAGGUGAAGACAAGCCAAGUUUUUAUCUGAGACUGCAGCAUGGUGUCUGUGUACCCACUGGUCCUGUUUGGAGGUGGACAAGUCAAAGUAGAAUUACAGAGAGGGUAGUUUGUCAUCUCCCUCGAUGACGGCUGGAUCUGCUUUGCAGCUGCUUCACAUCAGGUUGCAGAACUGGUGAAAGAGCUUUGCUGGGAACUAGAUCAGCUUUUAAAAGAUAAAAUCAAGACUCCCACAGUGGACUUAUGCAGUUGCCCCAGAGGGUCUAGGAUUAUUGACAUGAUUGUUAAACUUGUUACUACACAGUAGAAACACAUCACUGCAUCCAGCCCGCCGGUACUGACAGACUCGAACUGCAGGAAGAGUUGGGAGCAGUUUGAAGUUUAUGUCUCACAUAAAAAAAAAAAAAAAAAAAAAAAGAAAAAAGUUUAUGCUUUUCACUACUUUUUUACAUCUUUGUCACAGCAAGUGUCAUUGUACUGUACAUAAGUGCACACAUAAAACAUGUUUGACUUGCUUGUGAAUAUUAACAUGGCUAUACAUAAUUUACCAACAUAUGUGUGGAUAAACUAUACUAUAGAAGAUCCAGCCUAGAUGAGACCAAUUCUCCUAAAUCAGUUCCAACAAUUUAUGCACAAAGAGGAGCCUGUUAGGAGCCAGUUUUCAAUGGAUUUCUUUUUUUUUUAGACCAAUUUAAUUUGAGAGAAUCAAAGUAUGUAUAUCACAGUUAGAAUUUAGUAAAAUAUAGAUGGAUCUGCUUUAGGACAUUUAUAUUUAGUCUUUUCAGUUAUGAUUGCAUUCAGUGUAUGAGAACAGUGCAAUGCACUUAUUUACCUAUGUUUACAAUUAAAAAUGAUCAGCUUAAAUUAAAAGGGCUUUUUGAGUAACAAGUAAAUAAAUGUUUUACUGGUACUGCCAAAGACUUUUAAACAAAAAAAAAAAGGAUUGUUAUUAAAAAGCUACCGCAAACUAACCAGUAAUUACUGUGUUUCUUGUAAAUGUAAGUAAAGACCACCACUUUGAUGCAGUAAAACACCCAUUUCCAAAGAGUGACUCAUUUUGUAAGUCUGUAAGAGCAGUAUGUCACACAUUUUUAAUGCAUCUAUUGUGAUGAGACUUGGUUUACCCAGUGCUUACCAAAAAAUAGUUUGUUUCAUGGGAACUAAUCUAAGCAUGAUUACGCACAACAUAAUUGAAAACAAGAUUGUUUUGGCUUUAUUGACAUUUGCCAUGCAUUUUUGUUUUCUAUAUGCACUGCAAUUUCACAGUACAAAUGAAUGCAAUUGCAACAUUUGAAACAAAUGAACAGAAAAUGAAAACAAAAAAUCUUAACUUUCAAUACUUUUCUGACCAUAAUAAUCACAUCAUAAUCAUUUUGUUUCAUUACAGAGAUUGUAUUACUAUUUUAUAUAGCUUCUUUUACCAUUCAACACCACCCACACUAUUUGGAAGACAGUUUCAAUGUCCAGGUUUUAGAAAUGCUGAAGUCAAAGACAUUUUUAAGAACUUGUGCAAAAAACAAAAAAAAUAAAUUCUUAUUUUUUAAACUUAGUAUGAAAAACAUAACGGCCAGCAAAUUUCCAAAUUCCUGUUGGCAUUUACACUUACAUGCCAUAAUAACUGUGAAAUCAUUUUGAAAAAAAAAAAAAAAAUAUAUAUAUAUAU